GGGCGCAGUCAGUGAAACACUUCUCCGUACGAGGGCUCCUAAAGACAUCAUCUGCCCCGUAAGAAAACUUUUCUUAAUAAAUAUUUACUACUGAGUGACGAUUAUCAGGUUAACUCGCCUGUUUUUUGAGUUUGAGUUUACUAUAAGAGGCAGUGUGUAAGCCUCACCAUGAACUGGGCAUUCCUCCAAGGGCUCCUCAGUGGAGUCAACAAGUACUCAACGGCGUUUGGCCGUGUGUGGCUGUCCAUCGUCUUCCUCUUUAGGGUCUUGGUCUUCGUCGUAGCAGCUGAAAAGGUGUGGGGCGAUGAGCAGAAGGACUUCAAAUGCAACACAUUGCAGCCUGGCUGCCAUAACGUCUGCUAUGAUCACUUCUUCCCUGUGUCCCAUAUCCGUCUGUGGGCCCUGCAGCUUAUCUUUGUCACCUGCCCCUCUUUACUCGUAGUUAUGCAUGUAGCCUACAGGGACGAACGUGAACGCAAAUAUCGUGUCAAACAUGGUGAUAACUGCCGUAAACUCUACAAGAACACCGGCAAGAAACGUGGUGGGCUUUGGUGGACCUAUGUCAUGACCCUGGUCUUCAAGGUGGCUGUGGAUACCACCUUUACGUACCUCCUGUACUGGAUCUAUGAGGGCUAUGACUUCCCAUUACUUAUCAAGUGUGAGCAGAAGCCUUGCCCCAACAAGGUGGACUGCUUCAUUGCCCGGCCCACAGAGAAGCGCAUCUUCACUAUCUUCAUGGUGGUCAGCAGUCUGGUCUGUAUCGUGCUAACCUUAUUCGAGAUCCUGUACCUGGUGGGCAAACGAUGCCGUGAGUGUCUCACGUCCCUCCACAACUCCCGCCAGAUGGCCAUAGCCGCCACCUCGCUGGUCGGUGUCAAGAACGGAAACCUGGAACACAACUCUGUGCGAUGUAAGGGCAAGGAGAGCCCGGCCCCUGCUUACAGCAGCAUAGCCAGGCCCUGAGACUUUGUUGAUACAGAGACUCCCCUGACUUCACAGAAGAUGUCGAAAACAAAUAUAAAUGACCAAUCGAAAACCUGGAGGACAUGCAAAAUAUUGCAUGUAUCUCUUCUGCAACAUAUCAUAGGCUUCAUAGACAUUAAAGCCUGUCUUGUCAAUCCUGAAUACCAGUGGAACUUUUAGUCUCCUAGUCCUGGAUUAAUUGUUUACUCAUUAAUGCUGUAAAACUGACUCAGAUACAUUGACAAAAAUUGUAUUUGCUGUUAUGUGGUCUAUUUUUAUGCAUUCAUGUGUGUUUGGACAUGUUUGCCAAUAACAGUUGUCUUUAUUAUGUAUCUGUAUUCAUAUACGUAGAAGCACAUGGUUGACAAUCAUGGCAUUCAUUUUGGGAGUUACAGACAUUUGUUUGUAGGAGUUACAGUUGUUAACAGAGAGGAGUUUACAGAAUUGUUUAAUUACAAUCACAUCAAAUAUCCAAAUAAGAUGUGUCACUAGUCAAAAGCCAUUUAUUCAUUCUUUGACAAGUUACACAAGUGGUAGGAGCUGGGCAAAGUAAGAGUCUUCACUAUUUGUUCACUACCAUACCCUUUAUUGCUGCAUUUUCAGUCAACUUGUUACAUGGUUUAUCCCCAUUCCACAUUGAAGACCAUACCAUUGAUGUUACAAUACCCAGUUCUGAACUUAUCCUGCAUUUUAAGAAGUCUGUUUUAUUUUAUGGACUAAACAAUUGUCUGACCAUCCUAAUUAUAUUAGUCAAAAGGUUAUGCACAAAUAUGACUUGAAAUUAUUUUAUGUUAACUGUCAUAACUUGUAUGGUUUUAUGAUCUAAGACUUGAAUUCUUUAGAGGCCAGCUAAGGAGUGGAUUUUUGUAAGCACAGAAAAUGUAUAUAUAUUUUAUUGUGUACAUACCAUGCACACAUGAUGUAAACUGAAACUCUAAACAUAGGACCUAUUUUACAGUUGCGUAUUGUUUUUUUUCUUCUUAAAUAUCGAUGUCAAUAAAACAUUGCAGAAAA